AUGUCAGACUGCGGCGAUACCCCCGAGAUAGUGUUUCGGGUCAUUUGCUUCUUCGCCAUCGUCUUCAACGUCCUGUUCUUCCUGCUGAUCCGUUACAAGACGCCGAGAACGAUGACCGCCUACAGCAAAGUGUUGUACACUUCUUGCAUUUUUGAUGGACUCGCGUCAAUUUCGCAUUUCCUCAUUGGAAACGUGAGUUGUUCAAUUUUAUUCGUCUAGGUUUUAACGAGGGAAAUCCUGGAAAAAAGUUCCUUAUUUUGGCCACAACAAAGGUACUCCGCGAACUGCGCCCAAGCUUGGGCACUAAAGUUAGGAAAAAACGCUUCGACCUAGCUGGCACUGAAUUACUAUAAUAGCUAUAUAGUUUUAGGGGUGCCUAUGAAGGUGUGACGACUCAUUUAGUUCCAUACGGAGGCAAUAAGUUAAGUUCCGGAAAUGUUCAUCGUAUAAAGUGUAAAAUCACAGGCUGCAGCCGUUUUUGAAGGGUAAGGUGGUACGUAAAAAAGAAGGUGCCUCACUAACUAAAUCCACUGUCCGGGCAUUGACAACGAUGAAUUGAGCGUGCACGCUAAAUUUGGGCUAAUUCCGACCAGUUUCCGCAAAGUUAUAAGUCGUGGCCAAAAUAAGGAACUUUUACCGAAAUCCUAAAAGUGCUACGCUCAGACUAUCUUUCAACUUUGCCCACAUGUCAGAAAUAGGCCGCAUAUCAAUUCCUGCAAGUUUUAGCACGCACUUUGCAGGCACAGCAGAGGUAGUAAACGAUCUUUGCGGCCGAGAGAGUAGACGAAAAGCGGAGAGUAGUCAGAGAAAAGCCACUUUUGCCCAUAUCUUUGCUAAUUUCGCGCUUAAACAAUUGAUUUUUGGUGGAAAAAAUUGCACACUAUGACAGAAGAAGGCAUGAAAAUUUUUACAUCGAAAUUCAAAAAAAAAACUGUCAUAUUUUUUCUAAUUUGUGACUUCAAAAUUGCGGACGUUUUGGAAAAGCGCGAUCACAUCCUUAUAUCAGUCUGUCGGGGAAAUAACGGCGGGUCUUCACGCCUUGGAAUCUCCCAUCAUCGGUUUGCGACGGCUAGCAGCAGCUGGGAAUUUGGCCACUUUUUUCCUCCACAUAUUGAUAACAACUGACGUAAAUUUGUUCAAAGUUUCGUCAAAAUCUGAGCGUUGACUUGGAGUACUUCCCUGUAAGCAGGGAUGCCUCAGAUUUGGACAAAAUUUUUCCCAAAAUAGCUUUUCCUACUCCGCUUUCUUCAAAAGUGCUUGUAUUUUUUGCCCUCGGCACGCAGCGCAAAUCGCUUCAGAAAUUUCGCAGCGACCAAGCUAGCUGGCGUUCGUCACGGGAUAUUGCGGGCGCACGUGCCAAAUGUCAAAUGCACCGAGAUAAAUGCGGCUCAUUUCCCAUCCACCUACUCCCUUCUUCUAGUGAAUAUCACGUAAAUAGACCAAUUAUUACACUUCAAAAAGGCUCUGAACCGUACCUACAAUGCAAGACAAUAACUGUGAGGCGGCGAUUUGCAGAAGCUCACGUUUUCUAUAUUAGAUAUUAGAUAUUUCAAAAAGUGCAUGGACAUUUGUCGCGACCAGACUUGCCUCCUGGGUGGUAUACUUUUGAGCCCAAAAAAUAAUAAAAAAUUUUAUUUUCAAGGUAAACUAAAAACACAGUUUUGUAAAGAAGAAAAAGCUCUUUCGAAUGCAUAUAUGCACUUUGCCAAACAAUAAACAAUCGUUGCAAAACGAAGCAAUAAAGAAACUUUACGAACUAAUAUGAAGGUCGCGACCCAGGUCGUGAUCUAGCGAUCUUGAAACGUUAAAGUUGGACAGCUUGCUUUCAGCGCCCAUUAUUCGUCAAGGACGUGUUGGCCAACGAUUUUGUGGGCCCCAUCCCCCGCCUCUUCGCUCAUAUGGAAUGGAUUUCGGACGAAGGCUACGCGUAUUUCAUCGCACUGGAAUUUCUUUUCCAAUUCUCCACUUUAUCCGUCUGCUUUGUGCCAUGUACUUAUCGCUUCUUUCACUACAUACGGUAAACUUGCGGGCGCUACGACUUUUUGGGUCAGCGACAGUUCGGGUCAACGAUACUAUGGAUGGGCUCGGUUAGUCGGUGUAUGCAUGGAGGAGGCUAGGAGAAGGCUUACUAGUUAGUGGAAAUAAUAAGAUUGGUGGAGUCCUAGGACGGCUUAUCACCUAUUUUGAGGCAUUUUACUUGUACUCGCAUAAAUAAUAUUUAGAUAAAAAUUACGGGUUUUCGUUUUUUUGCCGCAAAUUUUGGUCGUUUUUACGUUAAAAUUACCCAGAGUAAAGAAAAUUAACGUUGGAAAUGGCUAAAAUUAGAAAAAGUGGACAUAUCGCACGUCUCUGCCAAGUCUCCGCCAAGCCUUCGCCGACUAUCCAACGGCUUUGUCAGGCCUUGUAGGCACUUUCUACGGCCUUUUUUUGGGUGUCCACCUGCCCUACGCGUUGUAUCGAUCGAUUUUGUAUUGACCCGAACUGUCGUCGACCCGAAAAGUCGGGAAGCGAUUAGAGGCGGCAAUCGGGCCCUGACGAGCCCAUACUUGAAAAGCCCCGGCCUACCCCCUACAGACAGGCCGCCAAAAUCGGAGCGGCCCGAUCGUCACCUCGAGACGCGGCGACAAGAACGAAAAAACAGAAAAAAGUGCUGUGCAAGUUCUAAAGUUCGGCCAUUUCGAUCCGGUGGUUUUUCAGAAACACAACGUUUACUCGAUUUAAGUUUGGAUUACUGCUUUUGGUCUAUCUUAUCCCUCCAUUUAUGGUGGCCAUUCCCUUCGCCAUGUUAUCGGCUCUAGUGUACACUCCGAUGAAAGGUUAUAUUGGAAGAAGCGGCUUGGAAUGCACUACCUGGUUCCCAGCCAUCGAUGGGAGAAUUUACAAGGAAGAGGUCAGAUUUUUCUCCACAUUUGAUCACCCCUCUGAUAUCGGUUUUUCGGAAAAAUAAAGCAUAUACAAUUUGUAGUCCACGUUUCAGCAACUUUCGUCUCUUGUCGACAUCCCCUACAAAUUUGGACAGCUGCUUUCCCUGUUUCCCAUCUUCUUCAUCUACUUUCUAAUUCGUAUCUUUGUCAAACUGAACGAGGAUGUCAAAAAGUUGUCGUCGGCGGCGGGAAGGAUGCAAAAAGAGAUUACGGUGACGUUGACGGCGCAGGUAAGCUCAAUAUUGAUACUGUAACCAUUAAUUUGCUUUUAAUAAAGCAAUUUCCAGGCUGUAAUUCCAUUACUCUUUACCUCGUUUCCCGUAUUCUACGCCUCCUACACGUUUGGGCAUCAAGGAGACAAGGAGGGCGCGAUGCGACUGGUUAUCUACUCGGUCACAUUGUUCACACUUGUAAACCCAAUCGCGUCAAGCUUACUGGUCAAGAACUACCGACAUACCAUCUGGAGGGUGGUUUGUUUCGGGAAGAUGAAGGAAAAGUGCGUUCGUAA